AUGUUUAAAGAAGUAUUUAAACAAUUAAAAUCAAAGAAAAAUCCACCAAAUUUGUGUGGAUUUGGAUUAAAACCUCCAGAAACAUGGAAUGUUUAUGAAAUUAUUGAAAAACCAGGUUUAAUAUUUGUGAAAAAUCCAUUUACAAGUUUAGGACAACGUUAUUGGAUUUGUAGAUGUAUGACGGAUUAUACAAAGAAACCACAAAAAUCAAAUUUGGAUUCUAUAAUUGAAAAUGAUGAUGAAUUCAAUAACAUAUUCGAAUCCGAUUUAUUACAAAAAUUACGUUGGAUUACCUUGGGAUAUCAUCAUAAUUGGGAUACAAAAAUUUACGAUGAUAAAAAUAAAGAUGUAUUUCCAAGCGAUUUAAGUGAAAUGUGUGAAUAUGUAGCAGAUAUGUUAAAUUUUGAUAAUUUUAAAUCAGAAGCAGCGAUUAUUAAUUAUUAUCAUAUGGAUUCUACAUUAUCAGGGCAUACGGAUCAUUCUGAACAUAAUUUAAAUGCACCAUUAUUUUCAUUUAGUUUUGGUCAAACAGCAGUAUUUAUGGUUGGUGGUUUAACAAAAGAUGAUGAACCGUUAGCGAUUUUUUUAAAUAGUGGUGAUAUUGUUAUUAUGACAAAUGAAACAAGAUUAUGUUAUCAUGCGGUACCAUGCAUCCUAAAAACAACAAAUGAAACAUGGAAUUGUAUUGACGAUGAAGAGGAAGCGGCGGCGAACAAAGAAGAGGCGAACGAAGAAGAAUUCGAUCAAAUUCAAAGAAAUUCAAAUAUCGAUUUAAUAAAUAAAUGUAAAAAUGCAACAUUUUUUAAACCAUUUCAUAAAUAUUUACAAACAUCACGAAUUAAUAUCAAUAUUCGACAAGUUUAUUAAUUGUUAAUUGUUGGUCUAGGGCCAGAUGUUGUAUUUGACAAUUAUUCCAGCAUGGCUGUUGACUGUUGUCGAGGUUGUGUUAAAGAAAUUUUUCUCUACUCAAAUUUUCGUAGGAUUUCGCUUUAACGAGACUCAAGAAAUUUUAUAUUGAACGGUUAAUUUAAAAUUAGUGGGAAAAAGACGAUAAUUGAAUGAAAAAUAUACCAAAAAAAACAUUUUGUCCGAUAGCUUCCGUCGGAAAU